AUGAACAAAAAGACAACAGAUCAGACGAAUGCUGCUCAAUAUUUCAAUCAUCAAAAUAAAAACCAAAAAUUCGAUUUACCAGCAUUACUUGCCUCAGGAAAAUACUUUAUCGAUGAACUAGGCUUUCUUGUAGCACCAAAUGGUACUCGUUAUCGUAUACCCUCAGGUCCACCGGAAGGUCGUAAACCUUUACGCCUUGAUAAACCUCAACAGCUAUCAAAAGUCAACCUGAAUUAUUCAACGCUACCAUUCAACAAAUCUCAUCAAACUGCACAUAUUGAAUUACAGGAUACAAAUAAACUCAACGGUCUGAGUAACAGUUUUAUGAACAACAGAGAGAAUGUCAGCCUUUAUGUGCCAUUUCUGUCAACAGAUAGCGAAUUCAUAAAAGCUGCAUCGAGUACACGAACAACUCUGACCAAUGGUUCAUCCCUGCUGAACUCAAUCAAUCCAAAUGGUUUUCGUUCAGAUAUCCUGCACUCUCUCGACUGGAAUGUUAUCCUGCUGACACUGAUUAUCAGUUCUAUCUCUCUAGUGUUGAAUACAAUCCUUAUUGUAUUUCUAUCCUGGAGAUUAAGCCGUCAUAACAAAUGGAGAAGGCGGGAGAGAUACUCAGAUAUUGUGAGUUAUAAUAGUGAAGAAGGUAGUAGUCAAAAUGUUUGUAAAUGUGAACAGUCGUCAUGUAAAUAUAAAGGUGAUAAGUAUAGUCAUUUAUCAUCGAACCAUACACCAGAUUUCAAGUGUAAGUUGAAUUCAACUGAGGCAGGUGAUUACCCCUGUACACAUAAACAUUUGAACAUGGACAGUAGUGAUCCAGUGAAGUCGAAACCACGUAGAUUGUCACAUUUUUGGUAUAACGCCACAAAUCAAGCGUCGGAAUUCCAGCCACAAAUAUACCAUAACAAUGGAAGACAUAUAAAACAUGUAAAUUUACAAAACACUGAUAAAGUGAUGAUCAACAAUCAACAUCUUCAUGUGCCUAACAAUUUUGCCAAGACAUCAUGGGCAUUUCAACAUCAUCACCAUCAUAACCUUCAGCAUCAUCACCAACAGCAUCCCCAUGAACCAGUGUUUUGUAAAGCUCAUGAACACUUAGAUGUGAGUUCAGUGAAUGAUGGUAGCUGGCAAAUGGUUGCCAGCGAUGGCGUUAUUACUGAUGAUACAAGUGAAGAGAAUAGAGACGGUUCAUUGGAUUCAAAAAGCAACUCUGAUAUACUAUUUUCACCGACAAUCAAGCCUAAGAAACAACGAAGCAAACUAUUGCGUAACAAUAGCAAGAAGAAGAACAGGAAGAAUAAGAAUAAGAAGAAGCGGAAAAAGUUAAAGAGACGAUAUUUAGACGAAACACUGAGUGAAUCCAGUAUGAAUAAUCUCCAUUCUAUUCAUCCACAUGACACAUAUGCAAAUAAACAGAAUAAAAUGUCAAUGGUAAAUAAAACCCCCAGCAUAAAUGAUCAGUUCACAUGUUCAAAUCCUCCUCAUACAACACACAUUUCAUCUGAUUAUAAAUUAAGAAUUCUACGAGAAUCACUUGCCAACUAUAAUCGUAAUGUUUAUGUAUGUCAUACAUUGGGGAUACAUUUAGGCAUACUUGGCGCCCUGUUGUCACUCCUCCAGCUGACAGCCAUUUGUAUUGCACUAGUCAGUCGAAGUACAAUGUUGAACAAAACAACACAAGAAUUAUACCAUAUUUCAUCGACAAGUGAAUUUAUUUGCCUUAUCACUAGUUCAUUAGCCUCAGAUGCUAUUUUAUGUGCACGACUUUACCUACUGGUUGCUUUUACAAUUAGUUCGCUAACUGUUCUGUAUAUAAAAGCUAUUUUCAAGUUUUUACUCAAGAUAACACGAUUGAAAGAUAUUCAGUCGUACAAAUUUUAUUUGUUUAAGCAUAUUAUACCGGAGUGCAGUAGGAAAAUUAUGUCAUUCCCUGACAGUGGUCAUCAUCCACGUCAUCCGUCGAGUCAUAGGCAUCAUCAAGGCUUUGCUUAUAUCGCUUUGAUGCAUUCACUGCCAUGGGCACUGGCCGCUGGUACAGCCCUACUCAUCGCCUUCUCUUUCUAUCCAAGUAAUCAUAAUUCUGAUGUAUUUGAGCCGAUGACGAAUACAACUCAGAUACUGGUGGACAGUGUUAAGUCGUCUGUCAACAUUCUCUUUGAUGGACUUGACUCAUUGUUCACCUGUUCAGUACGGCCAACUCGUGAGUCAGCAAUCAAUACAAUGUAUCCACAUAUAUCCCAAUCAAAAGUAGUCAAAAUUCCCUAUAUUUGGAUUCCAUCAUUUCUCCUGAUUAUUCUGCCUUUAAUUCUACAAACUUUAAUAAUUCUCUCCUAUAUUAUGCUUGUAUUUAUUUCUCGGCAUAAAAACUCCACUGGUAGACAUCAAUUCAGAGCAUCAAGUAAAAUAAUGCUAGUCAUUUUAACUAUACUACUCAUUGAGAUUAUCAGCCUAUGUACACCAAUCUUGUAUAACAUGUUAAUUUCUGUAUAUCCAGAGGAGAGAUCAAACCUAAUUCUAGUCUCUCGAGUGAUUAUGCUCCAUUUGUUAGCCGACCCUUUACUCAUGAUUUGUUUAGUUGAAAAGUAUAUGAAAGAGGACAGUAUACAUGAAUACGCUGCCACGAAAGAUGAACAACUUACCUGUGAAUCAUUAGUUAAUGUACGAUCCUAUUCAAAUAAUGAUCAACUACCCAGAAGAGAUCCACUAGAUUUUACUGAUGAUAGAGAAAUGAAAGUUAUCGAAAAUAAAGAUACUCUACUACAGAAUAAGUCGAUGGCUUCACCAAUUCGAUUGUUCAGUUGUUUCCCUGUGAACCCUUACUCAUUUUCGCAUAAUCGAACGACGAAUACUAUAGAGAAUAUACAACCACUUGUUAUGCCAUGUCUUCCCGCUUCAGGAUUUAUUGUACCGGCGAUGAAUUCUGUGUCGAAUUCAACACCAUUCAGCGAUGCCAAGUUACACACUGAAAUGAAUUCAAGUGGAUUUCUGUUACCUGUUAGUGGUAACAAUAAUUUGGAUGCUUCAAGUAAUACGAUAGCUAACACAUUGCAUAAUCUCUACUCAGGUGGCCCUGAAAUAUCAAUAGGUCAUCACAGUUCAUCUCCUCUUAGAGAUCCUCAACUUAUAGGCAAUUUUACAUCCCUGUCGGACACUUCAUUAACACCAGAGAUUGAUUACAGUCAAGCGCAUACACCUACAACAACAUAUCGAAAUAUGAAAGAUGCUUAUCCACAACUCUGUCAACAUCAUCAACGUUUAUUAGAACAACAGUAUGAACAACCGUCGGCCAGUUCAACAGUGAAGCGUAAUCGUAACUUUGGCAGUGUUCCACGCUUAAAACAGACAACACUGACCGAUUUUAAUGCAUUACUGAUUGGUAAGCCUACACCGGAUCCAUCGCAUCGACAUUCACCGUCACCAACACCGAUAGAAAAUACGAAACCGGAGACUGUCAAUGAAAUAUUCUCUUUACAACAGCUUAGACAAACAACUGGACAGAGUACAGCGACAGCGGCUGUAAUGGCAGCUGCUGCAGCAGCAGUCGCUGCUCAGGCUGGUACAUUAUCAAGGGCGGUAAAUCCAACUAUUUCAUCACUAGUGGUGACGACGACAUCGACAACGACAACGACAACAGCAGCAACAGAUCCACUUAGCCUAACUAAUGGAACGCCACCAAGUCCAUUAUUUGUAAAUGCACAGAAACAAGCGGAACAGACGUUAUUCACAGAGAAAGCCUGUUCAGAUGUAAAUACAGUGACGCAUUAGGUCUACACAUUUGCAUAUUACAAAAUAAGCUCAAUGUAUCUAUCUAUUCUAUCUGUCUAUCUAUCUACCUAUUUUCGUUUUUCUUACUUUUCA